AUAUCCAUAAACAUUAUAAACACCGAGGUAGAUAAUGCAAGCGUUAAGUCGAACUAGCAUUUCGGAUAAAAGACGAGAACGGUACAUAAAUGUUAGUAGUAUUUAAGGUACCAUUAUGAUGUUAUUAGGAAACGUGCGAGUAUUUUCAUGGAAAUGAAUUAACUUUUGGGUUGGAAUUACAUGUAUUGGCAAGUCGGUGGUGGAUUGGAUGAAUCAACAUGAGAAGAAAUGCCCGCAUUAUUUUGGCGCUACUUCUUGCAUCGACACUUGCGUUGGUUGUUCCAGUGUACUACCAAGGAUUAUGGCGAUUAUUUGUACGAGUCAGCGAUGAUGAUCUUAGUCAGCUAAGACAACGAUCGCUAGUGUUCAUCAAAGUUCACAAGACCGGUAGUUCCACUAUAGCCAACAUCUUGCAGCGUUACGGUCAUAGGAACGAGUUGAAUUUCGCUUUGCCGAAUAAGACCGUUGGGGAAAUCAGAUACAAUUACUUUGGAGGUAUUGGGGGAACAUUGGAUCGAUCGAAAAUGAUACCGUCAAAAAGAAGCCAUCCGAAUAGCGGAUUUAACAUUUUAUUCAAUCACGUUAUCUACAAUUGGACAGCGUUUGUUGAAAUAUUCCCGCCAAAUAACAGUAGUUACGUCACAAUGAUUCGGGAACCGGUGUCGCAUUUUGAAUCGUCCCUCUUGUAUUUUGUCCACGACAAUAUUUUCAAUGUUGCCACAGAAAACACCACAGCAUACUUGGAGAAUCCGGCGGCCUACGAACCUAAGGACGCUUACAUUUCGUUUACAAACAAUCGGCAGGCGUUAGAUCUUGGUAUUCCUCCGCGGCAACUGAGGAACGCGAAAUACGUGGAGACGUACAUUAAAGUGCUCGAUAAAACUAUGGAUCUGGUCAUGAUAACGGAAUAUUUUGAUGAAUCGUUGAUCAUGCUUAAACGGAAGUUUUCUCUACAGCUUCGGGAUAUUAUUUACAUUCACAAAAACAAAAAGUACCAAAGUUUUGAUUUUAAAUUCAGCAGCCAUGACCUGGCUUUGUUGAGGGAGUGGUUGUUAGCAGACGACAUGAUUUACCAACAUUUUCAUUUAAAAUUUUACCUGGCGCUAAAAAACGAACCUCUGAUCAUGGAAGAGACGGUUCAUUUUAAACAAGUUUUGGAGAAAACGUGGAGAUUUUGCGAAGGAACCGAACAUACAAAUCGCCUGCUUAUAAAAGAAUCUCAAUGGAAUACCCGCUUUGAAUUAACGGCAUUGGACUGUGCGUACAUGAACCUGAGUGAACUUGAUUUUUUAAAUAAACUUUUGCACGACCGUUGAUCUUAAGGAUUGAAUUGAAACAUAAUCAUUAAGUUAUAUAACUGAGCAGCAAUUUUGUCGAUUUUUUUUUCGUCAAGGCCUAGACGUUUCGGAUUAAUGUUUGCGAAAAACAACAAGGACUUAGUAUGUUUUAUGCCAUUUGCGUAAGUUUUAUAGACGUCAUAUCAGUCCGUAUGUGCUACAAGAAUUUUCAAUGGAAAACCUUUAGCAAAAAGCAUUGUGGCAACAUUUUCGGCAAAUGAGUGGUAGGUAUUGUUGAACACGUGUAUUUAAUUUUCGCCAUUAACAUUAGCGAGUAUUUUUUUUUAAACUCCGGUGAGCGAAAAAGUGCCCUUAUUAUAAUUGUCUUACAUUAUAGUUUAAGUGUGGCGAAUUCAUUGUUUUAUUUCUAUGGGAUUCCUAUAUAGCGAAACGAUGUCAAAUAGACAAAGAAUAAAAUUCUAUUAAUAAGAAUAUUAUGAAUAAUAAUAAUAUGAAUAAUAACUGUUUUUGUUAAUUUGUGAAACAACUCCAAAUGAGUCUUAUUGCACGUGUAAGUAUUUUAGUUUUGGCGGAUUGUGUCACAGACACAUAUAAAAUACACGGUGUCUACGUUUAAACGUUCUCUAAACGCUUUCAUUUUAUGGUGAUCAACCUUUGUGUUACAGCCAGGUUCAUGUAUGCUGCAGAGCAAUUUCAGCCUACUGGACACAGUGUUAUUGUUACUUAAAGAAACGUAACUAAACAAUUAAACGUUAACUAUCAAUAUUACACAUCGUUACAUAACGUAAAAAAUUGACGUCG